AGAGCAAACAAGAUUUGCACUAUUGAGCCAGGCGGAGUGUUCAUAGGUGAAGACAUUGGUUUGGAUGUGCAAGAGUUGACUGAAAGCAUUGAAAACAUGAAUGCCAAAAGUCUAAACUACUGGCUAUGCAAGUUCGUUCAGGAGGUUGCAAAUAAGUCGGGUGGACGAUAUCCCUCUCAGACGCUUCACAAUAUUGUCUGCGGCUUAAAACGUUUCUUGGUGGAGAAAAAUGGCGAGGGCGCAUUAAAUCCAUUGGCUGUCAGCAACAAAAGGUACCGUUGAAAGAAUUAAUUUGUUAUUCACAAUUUACUUUUUUGCAAGUCGUGCCGUUCCUUCCCACAGGUUUGGGACAUUUCGCCGAGUUUUGGACGCUGAGAUGAAAGAUGCAACUCAAUGCGGCCUUACUGUUUCAACAGAGAAGGACGAGAAAGAAGCCAUCACAGACGAAGAAGAAGAUUUGUUCUGGAGCAAAGGCUUAAUGGGAACUGGUUCUUCUAAUUCGUUAUUAAAUACAGUAUAUUUCUAUAAUGGGAAGCUGUUUGGUUUACGCGGAGGGGAACAUAGGAAUAUUACUGUAAGAAAUAUAAGGGUAAGUGAUGAUUGUCUUAGAUUUGAAGUAAGCAGCUCAAAGAGUUUCCAUGGCGGUAUUUGUGAUCUCAAGUACGUUCCUCGUGCUGUGACGCAUAUUUGUCAUGAAAGGGGUCAAACUCAUGCUCGUUGUUUGGUUGAAGUUUAUCGACUGUAUUUGGGUUUUUGUGAUUUUCCUUGUAAAAUGGACAAAGCAUUUUACUUUAGGCCUAAGAAGAAUCGUUUAGAGUUUGAUAAUGUUCCAGUUGGAAUUAAUACUUUGAAUCAAAUUUUGCCAAACAUGUGUUCAGUUGCAGAAAUUAGAAAGAAAACCGCCCAUUGUCUUAGAGUAACAUGUGCCACAUCGCUCUUUAAUGCUGGGGUUGACGAAAAACUAAUUCGUGAACGCACGGGUCAUCAUUCAAACGCUCUUUUUCAGUAUGAGAAAGCUAACAGAGAACAAAUGGUCAAGGUUUCCUCAAUUUUAGGAACAGAAAGUAAGAAGUGA